CCAUGAGGUAGGUGUGAGAUUAUUAGACAGGUAUUCGGCUACGUAACCAGUCACUUGAUCAUACGUAUUUCACUCCACCCCACUGAAGUUGCCUUUCAAGUCUAACUGGUCAGGAAAUGACAGGUGUCUGCCUAGCAGAGCUGCUCUCCGUGCUUCUCUUCCUGUAUCCAGAUUUCUGUGUGGGACAUUCCUGCUGGAUGGCUUCUCUCUGACCGGUGACUAGAAGCAAAUAAAACACAGCCAUGAGUAAGAUUACCAAACUUUUCAAGCCCUCUGCUGGCUCUGGGUCUUCUAAAGGCAAGAAAGGGGCACCCAACGCCCAGGAGGCUUUGUUCAAACUGCGAGAAACAGAAGAAAUGUUAACUAAAAAGCAGGAAUAUUUGGAAAAGAAGAUCGAGCAGGAACUGGCCACAGCGAGGAAGCACGGAACCAAAAACAAGAGAGCUGCAUUACAGGCUCUUAAGAGAAAAAAGAGAUUGGAGAAACAGUUAACGCAGAUUGAUGGCACCCUCUCCACCAUUGAGUUCCAGAGAGAAGCACUAGAAAACUCCCAUACCAACACCGAGGUGCUGAAAAACAUGGGCUACGCUGCCAAGGCCAUGAAGACAGUACACCAAAACAUGGAUCUCGAUAAGAUCGACGACCUGAUGCAGGAUAUUCAUGAGCAGCAAGAUGUUGCACAAGAAAUUUCCGAUGCUAUUUCCCGACCAAUAGGUAUUGGUGAAGAAUUUGAUGAGGAUGAGUUAUUGGCAGAAUUAGAAGAGCUGGAACAAGAAGAUCUCGACAGACACAUGGCCAGUGUCACAAUGCCUAGUGUGCCGUCUCACAAGCUUCCUGCCCGUUCAGCAACAUCACGGAAGAGGGUGGAGGAUGAGGAUGACAUGCAGAUGUUGGCUGCCUGGGCUAAUUAA